GAAGAAUUUGCGAGACAAUUGGCGUUACAAGAUGAACAAGCUCGUGUACAACAGUACCGUCAGCAACAACAACGACAACAGCAGCAGGAAGAUGACCAACCGCUGUUCAACUUUCAAGAGGACUUACCGGUCAUCAAGGAAAGAGUUAUCGAAGCUGGAACUGGUAAGAAAUGCAUGCCAAGGCCUGAUAAGGAUCAUAACCGCUGAAGCACACAACACAUAUGUUUAUAGCGGCCAAGAAAAAGGUCAUGGAUCUCUACGCUCAGUUCAAAGCCGGCCGUGCCGCUACCCCUCCUCCUAACCAAGGCUCUUCUAUGCCAACGACAAAUGCACAGUACAGAGGCUUGCCUAGCGACGAGGGUGACGAUUUGCUUGCUGGUGAUGUUUCUGCUCUCCGUCUUUCAGACAAUGACGUUUAUGCGCAAACAAGACCAUCCGAAGGACAGCAACAAGGCGGUGUUAUACAUGUUAAUCCACCUCUCAACAGACAGUCCAAUCCAAAUUUGAAUGUGAAUGAGCAAAUCCGUGCUGACGAAGAACUUGCAAGACGGUUGGCACAAGAGGAUCAAUUUUGGGAAUCGUCAAGAGAUAACAAUGAUAAUGCCCCUCAAAUGCCUCCACGGAGAACAACGUCACCCGCCAUCGCUAGUUCUGAGCUGGAAGGUGAAAGCGUGACACUUACUGCUGCACCAGCAUCUACCCAAACUCCCACACCAAAGAAACCCGAAGAGCGCGCCGAAGAGAGAAGAUCAUAUGUUAUUCAGGACGAAGAUGAUUCUGAUAAUGAUGACUUGGUUGAUGUGGAUGCCGAUGAUUUGCAAAAGAAAGAGGAUAAGCCUCAUGAGAAACCCACCACCUCCCCACAUUAAAUGAUUGAAUCUAAAACACCCUCCUUUAUAUUACUUCUAUUUCCCUCACAAUCUAACAAAUUACUUUUCGCGUAAACAAUAUCGUCACUACUAUACAUCCCCUCUUGGCCUUGCUAAGUUUACAUAGCAUAGUUGUACACCAUAGUUUUUAACAACUCGAUCUCUUACACACUUCACUUAUGGA